CCCAGCUCUGAGCUUGAUGCUGCUGAUGAGGCGAUGAGCGAGGCUUCAUCAAUGCUGUGGCCCCUCGGAGGAUCUGGAUGUCUUUUUCGUGACAUGCCCUGACAGCUGGGAUGAACCAUGACCAGAGGUGAAGGCCAUCCCCGCGGAGGCCAGCCCCACAUUGCUGCGCCCCACCUGAACCACGGCUGGCUUUGUGUCGGGUGGGACGGGACCGGGCAGCUUUCGAAGAGCUUCUCAUCAGAAAGGCUCGAAGAGGGGGAGCUGUUAACGGCCAUGUCACUCGAGCCCCACAGCCAAUGUUUGGGAGGGGAUAUCAUCACAACAGACACUUGCAAAAACCGUGCAACUUCUCCCAAUGUCUUUCGAGGCGCCUUCUCAAUGCUGGAUUGUGUUUCUUGUGUUUUGAUCUCCAAGUGUGAGGUCGAAACUGGGCAUGUCAGCAGUGGGUCUCUGGCCCUGCUACCCCGGAUUUUCCCCAGAUUCCUUUGAACCUCCACCCCUGCUGACGGCUGUUAGCGUGCUGCAAGACGCUUGGGCCAGGUACCUUUCCUUGUUCGGACAGCGCUGGGGUGAGCCUGCUGUGUCGUUCCAUGAUGAUGUACUCGUCACGCGAUGCUGUGAUUUGGCCAACGUGAUCACUCGACUGACAAUUACCCCGCCCGGUCUGACGAAACAGUCGAGCCAGGCACCAUACGAGCAGCAGCAGAUCACAGAACAGCUAUAUACCCCUUGAUUUCCCCGCCUGAGCCUGCUCCCGUUCCUCCUCCUCCUCCUCUCUCCCUCUUCUUUCUUUGUCCUCAUCGACAUCAUCCUGCAAAACAACCAUCAUCAGCAACCUACAAGGACAACAUCAAUCUUGUCCCUACCAUCUCCAACAAGCCAGUUAGCUUAUCAGCAACACCAAAACCACCAACAUGUCCGGCGAACCACUCACCAAGGUCGACUCUGCCGUCCAGGGCCUCGGCACCUCCCCACCCAAGGAGACCAAGCACAGGAGAGCAUCCUCCAGCGCUGCUGGUGUGAUGAACAUCAAUGACCUGGAGGCCCAGGGCAUUGAGCUUCAAAUUGCAAAGGAGACGCAAAAGACGGGGUGGAAGAUCAACACCUCUCCAAGCACAAUAGAGGAGAAGGACAUGCUGAAGAAGCUGCUCACCACCCCCCCAGUCAAGAAGAUUGACCUGCACUUCCCAUUGGGACUCGAAGUAACGGCGAGGAACCUCAAGGGUGUCACCAUCAAGGAUGCUCUGGACGCUAUCCACAAGCAAUUCAAGAAGAGGGCUGACGACGAGCUCGAUGAACCAUACCUCAAGGGCUUCGAGUGGGACAAGGAGGAGUCAUGGACCAAGCUCAUUGUCCACCUGUCCAAGGACGCCGGUGUAGCGCCCGGCGGCGGCUCCAAGAAGAAGAAGAAGCACGCUGCUGACGAGUAAUGAAGAGACACGCCCCCAUAGCGCAGUUACUCUCCAACGACGCCGAGAGCAUCCUGAAGGUUGCAUCUCGAGACUGGGCUAUUGCCGCAGACUGCACGCCGCGCACCCUGGGAAAGGGUGGCAGGCGACGGGCGAUCUGAAACAUUUGCCUUCUUGGUGUAGUCGGUGGCUAUUAGCAGGCCAUUGCUAUUGUUUUGACUUGAUGGUGGCCUUUUGCGGAAGGUGUACCCUUUUUUUUUGACAGGAUGGCGAGGGAGGAUCACCAUGGGACCAGUCCAUAGCCUGCUCGUCAAUGAAACAUGUCACCCAGUUUGUUUUGUUCCUAUUUGUAGUUGACAUCUGUGUCUGAUGCCUGUGGUUGUGAUAUCUGUGACUAGAAUACUGUGAUCUCGAUUCAAGUCCGAGUCCUUCGACUGUGAUGUCCUGCAACCUCAGCACUGGUGAGUGGUGGCUUUCCAAGACUCACCAAGCCAAUGCCAUUACUCCAAU